UGGAGGCAGCCCGUGCACGCUACGAGAGCCUGCACAUCUCGGACGAUGUGUUCGGCGAGUCGGGCCCGGACAGCGGCGGGAACCCCUUCUACAGCACCUCCGCAGCCUCGCGCUCCUCCUCGGCCGCCUCCUCGGACGAUGAGCGCGAGCGCCCAGCGCCUCCAGGGACCGCCCCGCCACCCCACGCCGCGGAUCCCUUGGAACUGGAGGAGGACGAGACCGGUGGGGGUUGGAGCACCGUGCUGAGGGAUCGCCCGCCUCCGCGCUUCGAGGACACCGGUGGUCCAACCAGAAAGAUGCCGCCCAGCGCUAGCGCGGUGGACUUCUUCCAGCUCUUUGUCCCGGACAACGUGCUCAAGAACAUGGUGGUGCAGACCAACAUGUACGCCAGGAAGUUCCAGGAGCGUUUUGGCAGUGACGGUGCCUGGGUGGAGGUGACACUGGCAGAGAUGAAGGCCUUCCUGGGCUACGUGAUCUCUACCAGUGUCUCGCACUGUGAGUCAGUACUCAGCAUUUGGAGUGGAGGCUUCUAUAGCAACCGGAGCCUCGCCCUCGUCAUGAGCCAGGCGCGUUUCGAGAAGAUCCUCAAGUAUUUCCAUGUUGUGGCCUUCCGUUCCAGCCAGACCACGCACGGGCUCUACAAGGUCCAGCCCUUUCUCGACUCCCUGCAGAGUGGCUUUGACGCUGCCUUCAGGCCAUCCCAGACCCAGGUGCUACAUGAACCCCUGAUUGACGAGGACCCUGUGUUCAUUGCCACGUGCACGGAGCGAGAGCUGCGGAAGCGGAAAAAGCGGAAAUUCAGCCUGUGGGUCCGCCAAUGCUCUUCCACGGGCUUCAUCAUCCAGAUCUAUGUCCACCUAAAGGAAGGCGGCGGCCCCGAUGGCCUGGACGCUCUGAAGAACAAGCCACAGCUGCACAGCAUGGUGGCCCGGAGCCUGUGCCGGAACGCGGCUGGGAAGAACUACAUCAUCUUCACAGGGCCCAGCAUCACCAGCCUCACUCUGUUUGAAGAAUUUGAGAAGCAAGGCAUCUACUGCUGUGGUCUCCUCAGCUCCAGGAAGAGUGACUGCACAGGCCUCCCUCCAUCCAUGCUGACCAACCCUGCCACCCCACUCGCCCGGGGCCAGCACCAGAUCAGGACAAAGGGUAACAUGUCUCUGAUCUGCUGGUACAACAAGGGGCACUUCCGCUUCCUGACCAACGCCUACUCCCCAGUGCAGCAAGGCGUCAUCAUCAAGCGUCGGAGCGGGGAAAUCCCCUGCCCUCUGGCCGUGGAGGCUUUUGCUGCUCACCUCAGCUACAUCUGCAGAUACGACGACAAGUACAGCAAGUAUUUCAUCUCUCACAAGCCAAACAAGACAUGGCAGCAAGUGUUCUGGUUUGCCAUCAGCAUCGCCGUCAACAACGCCUACAUCCUGUACAAAAUGUCAGACGCCUACCAUGUGAAGAGGUACAGCCGGGCCCAGUUUGGAGAGAGACUUGUGAGGGAGCUGCUGGGCCUGGAGGACGAAUCACCAGCCCACUGAGACUGCUGGCCCAGGGGUGUCAGGGACAAGGAAGGAGCCUGUCACCUGCCUGUCCGUUGGAGGGCCCAUGUGGGGUCAGAGGUCUGCUUUACACAUCACCCCUCCACCCCCACAAAGGGUGGCUCCCCAGAGCCUGAUACAGGUGACUGGAUAGGCCGUGACCUCAGAAGGUACCAGCGACAGGACCAGUGGACUGUGCUCUGAUUUCCAGAGCUCGAGAGGUCAUGAUGGGCUCAAGUUCAGACCAGGCAAGCUUACAAAACGGGCCACUCAGUGCCACCCCCACAGCACUCGGGGCAUGGGUUCCCAGCGCUCUCCCAUUCGAUGGGCUUAGAUGGUUCCCUUGGAAGAAGAGAAGCCAUGUGGUGCCAUUAAAACUCAAAGCCAACCGGACAGGAGCGGCUGCAGCUUGCUGACUGUAAACGGGGUGUUCCUGUUCCAUUCUCUGGGGCUGUGACGAGCAGGGUGAGGAGGGGAGAC